AUGGCGAGAAAACUUGAUAUGAUCAAAGAUAUUGAUGACAAGAAAGAAACAUUGAAGCUUGCCGUUAGAGUCAAAGACUUGUGGUUUGUUCAAAACCAGGAUAACAAUCGUCAUAUGAAGUUGAUUCUUUUGGAUCAGAAGGGUGAUAUGAUUCCUGCAAUGGUAAAAAAGGAAGAUUUAUGUUUGUGGGAAGAAAAAUUGGUAGAGGGUCAAACCUAUAUAAUGCAUAACUUUAAGAUAUUGAAGAAUCAAGGACAAUUUCGGGUAUGUGAACAUCCUUACAAAUUAUUGUUCAUUGGGGCAACAACUAUAAAACAACAACCAAUUUCAAGUAUUCCACUGAACAUUUACAACUUCAAAAGUAUUGAAGAUAUAGUGGAUGAAAAUUACUAUACUGAUCUGGUGUAUGAUAUUAUUGGAGUGGUUGAUAAUGUGAGGUGUAAUCCUCAGUCGAAGAAUGUUGUCUUUCAUAUAAGGGAUUUGAGGACGAUGGUCAAUGUCAAUAUCGAAUUCUUGGAAUGGUUCAAAGCUCUUAAUGGUGAAGAAUGUGGUGAGUUAGUUCGAUUCAAGGAGCAAUGGAUAGAACAUUUUCGCAAUGAAGUUAAUCCAAGUCAAGAAUGUAGCCAAUUGAGUUCACCGUCCCAGUAUAGUGAACAUGAGAAAUUUAUGUAUAAAGCUGUUGUGCGUACGAUAUCUAAAAUCACAUGUAUGAAAGAGGAACAAUAUUGUGUUACAGUUGCAAAUAUUGUGAUGGAUGGUGUUAUCCAGUAUGCAAUAGUUGCAGGAAGAAGAUUGAUGAAAUAUAAGUUGGAAUUACAAGUUACAGAUGGAGACAAUUACACCAAUUUUGUAAUGUGGGAUCAAGACUGCAAUAACUUGAUUGAUGUAUCAGUUGUUGAAUUGAUGAAUAAAAUGAUUGAGGUGGUAUUAGAUGGUGAAGAUGAUCCCAAAUGUUUUCUAGAGGAUUUAUAUGUUUUGCUAGGAUGUACUCUUGCUUUUAAGGUUAGAGUUCAACUAAAUAACAGAUUUUCAUCUGUCAUGAAAGCUUCAACCAAUCCUGAAACUAUUGCUUCCAUUAGAAGUAAACUUGAUACUAAGAUGAUUAAGGACUCCAGUGGUGAAGGUAAAUGUGAUUCGAGUACCGAAUCAAACUCUAAGGGCGGACCCGAAAGAGAGGAGGUCAUGUUCUUAGAUUUAAAUAUGCUGGUUAUAAAAUAUUUUGGCACAGGAUCUAAACCAGCAGGUAUAUGUGUUUCCACUAAGCAAUCUAAAACAGUUGGGUUGAUUAAAAGUGCACCUCAUGGAAUAAAGCCGAAAGAUUGUAGCCCCAAAGCUAUAUGUGGUCCCAAUACCCAAUCUCAAACACUUGGUUUGACUAUAAGUGGUGGUCAUACAAAAAAGAUUCAAGAGUCAAGUCCCAUAGUUGUAUAUGGUUCCACAAAGCAAUCUAAAUCAUCUGAUGGUUCCACAAACAAAUCAAAAUCUGGUGGUUCCACUAAAAGUGCACCCCAUACAAGAAAGUUGACUUUGAGUAGUUCUGCAGAUCAUGAUCCUUAUAUUGACUUCUAUGUUACUCCUACCAAGGAAUUGUUGUUUGACUUCGAAGUUGAUUGUGACCAUCUGGAUGAUAUACCAAGUGCAGAAUUUUCUAGGACCAAAACUAAAAAGCGAAUGAAAUAG